UGGAACCAUAUCUCAGCUGGGAGCUUCUUCACCUGCGGCAUCGCCAGCAACUUCUCAGCUUACUGCUGGGGCCAGGACUACGCGCAGCAAACCAAGGUCCCGAUCGUGUUCAACACGACCAUGAGGUGGACCGCCAUCUCCAGCUCAGCUGGCUACCACCACUCGUGCGGGAUCAUGAACGAGCUGGCACUCUGCUGGGGCGACGACUCGUACAAGCAGAGCUCUCCUCCCCCAGGCAGGACGUGGAAGCAGAUCUCAGCUGGGCAGUUCCACUCGUGCGGCGUGACGACCGACGGGGAGGCCCUGUGCUGGGGUGACAACCUCUACGGCCAGUCCGCGGUCCCGCCUCAGACAGGCUCCGUCAGCUGGAGGAUGACGUCAGCUGGGCACUACCACUCCUGCGGCAUCCUCGCGAGCGGUCAAGCGCUCUGCUGGGGGUCGACCAUGUACGGCGCCACCGCCGUCCCCAAAGACGUGUCCUCAUGGAGCAACCUGGCGGUCGGUCGCUUCCACACUUGCGGCGUCUCCUCGUCGGGAGCUCUCCGCUGCUGGGGAUCGAACCAGGACGGG